UGCCAAUACUCCUUACGACGGUUAAGACGAUGACUCUGCCUCGAUGCUCUCGACACACCACCUUGAUUCAAAAUCUGCCAUAAAUAGAGACGACGAACAUCCAUUGCAUGGGUAGCGCAGCGUGUAAGCGCCCGGGAAGCGGCACCACGGCAGACGAGCAUCCAACCACACUUCAUCAUUUGCCCUGUUCGUCCAUCCUCGCAUCGCUCCCUGCCAACCAUCGUGGAUCUGCCUCUGUCUUGUGCGAACACGUCUCGGCGCUACUGAGUCGAGAUUGCAGCUAGAGCCUAUCUUUCUGCGCGUCUCGCUGCAACUACUGGUUGCUUCGGAGGUUUACAUUGGUCGGGCCCAGCAUCCCUCAGAAGUGAAUGCCCCGAUUCUGAAUUCCAGGCCAACUUCACAGCCCGUCAGCCCAAUUGCGCGAGCUUGAGAUGUAUCGCUUCCCACACCUGAAGGACAAGAUGUGUGUGACACUGACGGUGCCGCUGAACAAUGCCCCUCGGGGUCUUGACCAGCGCCAAAGGUUUGUCUGCUCGUCUUCGCGGCGCUUCUGAGACUUUCAUCUCUUGUCAACCUGCGUGAGUGCGUGUGUCGUGAAGACUUCCACUUCUGCUUUCAGCCGUUACUAUUCCAUCCGAACCUCAUCCUCAUCGUUGCUGCAGUUGCUGGUCGCCGUCAGCCUUUCCCUCGUUUCAAUCUUCUUAUCGCAAUUGUUCUUCAGCAGGUGUCCGUUGAUCGGCGCCCGCCUAGAAAUACUAAUCUCAGUGUGAUAUCUAUCCAUUUAGACCUAUGCCUCUGGAAGGCAGUCGACCGAUGAACGAUUGACUCGAAAGCGCUGGAAGCUUGGACAGACUAUACGCCUACAAAAUUUGAUCUCGCGAGGCUGGCCCUGGCAAACAAUAAUGAGCGUCCUGCCAUCAACCGCUUACGCAGCUCCACCACGGCUGGGCCGUGGUCGGCAGCUUAAUACCAUUGUGGAAGAGAAGGAGGAUGCAAGUCAAGGGGUCAAGAGUGACAGUGAGGGCGAUGGAAGCGACUCGACCUCGACCGUGAUCGGGUAUCCGGCGACAUGGAAUCCACAGCUCUACACGGCCGCGCCGCCGCGCAAGAGUUCACUGGCAACGACCACUACGGUUGCCGAUUCACCUGUAUCUUCUUGCCCGUCAUCUCCCCUCCCAAGCAGCGCUGGGGAAGGCCACAGAAAACCCGCCUCGGUCCGCAGUUCUUACAGCAGUGAUUCUUCCGGGACCGUCUUCAGCGAUGACGGAUCCCUCUCGAGCGAUCCCACGAGCUUUGCUUCCGAGUCCAGCCGGAACAGUUGUGGCAGCAACAGAUCAGGUCGCAACAGAUACCCUGCUCUGCUGAUUCCCAGGGGUUCCUGGGGUGCUCUUCAAGGUAGUAGUCCUGUCAAGGAAAUCGGCCUGGGCAUGUCUCCAGCGACGAAGAUCCGGCUGUCUCCAGGAGCCCUCUCCGCGCUUCCUCGCUGUGUCCCAGAGGCAAGUGCACCGCCUUCUCUGGGCGACAGCAACAGUACGACAUCAGAUUUUCCAGAUCAUCAAGGAAUCAGUGCGCCGGUCACUCCGGAGAUCAAACAGUUGGAGAUCGAUCACAGCGAGAGCUGGGGCGGGCCAGCCCCAGUCAAUUUACUCACGCAACACCUCGAAAUCGCCCUUGGCGACGACCAUAGUGUGAUUCUCUCGCCGGCCGAGGCCCAUUCUGCCAAUGCAAGUUCUUCCAGUAUCAUGUCUCCCGUGUGGACCGAUAUGGUGGUCAACUUCCCCCAGGUGCCUGGCGCCACGCCUCAAGAUCGAUCACCAUUGAUGCCCACGAUGGACGAGAUCAAGAAGCUUGACGAGGUGAACCUCCGAUCGAAUGGAUCUGAUCAGGGGGUCAGACUUCCGCCCGACGCUUUGCGAACACUGCAGCGGCUCACUACGCAUCAAAGAAGCCCUGAUGAAAUUUCGUUCAUGUCCGGCGGGUCCCGUCCUUCCAAACGGUCCGGCACAAAAGAAGAAAUGCGACAACUCACUGACCCUUCCCCGGUCAGCAGACCCCGUAGCGCAGAAGGCCAGACUCCAAUAUCCGACUACAGCUUCUCGCAACUGAGCAUUCCAUCUCCCGGAGGCUUCUUUUCCUCCUUGCGCAGUGGCGCGCGACACACUUGGUGCCUCAACAAGUCAAAAGAGUCCAGCGUCCCAAACACUGCUACGGCAGAAAAGUUCUACAAUCGACCCUGGGACACUCCAAGUCCAGAGGAAGCCACCGAUAGCAAUGUCGUCGAAACCGUUUUGGCGAUCGAAGACACAAACAUGACGGAAGGUCCUCCAACGGCCCGACAAGCCACUUUUACUCAAGUAGGAGCAUCACGCCCUGAACCGAAGAGAGCACAUUCGCCGUCCGAGGAUUCUGAUCUUUACGGACCCGGUCCGGAUCCCGGUCCGGAUGUUGGUGUCAAGACUGAGACCGUGCUGGUUGGCUUCGAGUACGACGAGAAAUAUCAAGAAGAGCUCAAGGCGGCCGCCAACCAGAACAUUGACCGAACAGGUUCAUGGCUCGCAGCACAGACGGGAUAUCUAUCCACCCUUCUUGGAUUCGAGCCUGAUUUCGGACCUCAUACUGAACCUGUGCCACCGGAAGAGUCUGCCGAUCAGCAGAAUGUCAAGGCAUCAGAUUCAGCCGCAGCCGUGGCUGAGGUAGUACAACCCGCCAGCACAGCACAGGAAGUCAAGCCGACCGACACCUCAACCUCAGCGAUCAUUGACGGGCCCGAACUCGAAAGUCCAGGCAGCGAGCCCGAAGCCAAAGAACCAGUCUUUCUGACAGCAUUCCAAUACCUGCUCAGCAAUCGAAAGCGACGGGACGCAUUCAUCCAAGCCGGUCCCCGCCUCGAAGCCAUUCAAGCAGCCCGAGUAGCCAUCCCCGAAGAACACGUCAAGAACAUCUUCGGACAGCAUGUUCUCGUCGAGCCAGUGCGACCAAAAUACGCCGGACCCUUCAAUCAGAAUCCCCGGGCUACAGGGGUAUUUGAGCGUACAGCGGAGCAAAUCGCAUACAAGACGGCAGAAAAACAACAAUUAGCUUUGGCAUCCAUUGAGCCAUGCAACUGGCAGAUUGAGGCCUUGAAAGCCAUCUACCGAGGCCGUCUCUUGGCCUCUGCAGCAGCAUGUCACCGCCUGACCACAAAAUCCACCAUACCACUAGACGACCCAUCAUGCGUGGGCAAUAAGAGAUUACGAAUCCUCGAUUUCGGAGGCUCAUCCACCGCCUCAUGGGCAUGGCACGCAGCUCUAGAAUGGCCCAAUGUCAAAGUGUACACCGUCAUAACCAAAGAGCAAGCGACGUGGCAGCGACCAGCCGGGCAAAUCAAGCCCGAAGGUCCGCAAAACCAUCGGACCGUAUCUGUGCCGCAUUUGUGGCAAUUGCCGUUCCGCAACGGCCAUUUCGACGUCAUCUCGGCACGUUCCUUGCACGCUCUUUUGCGACAUAAUCCCGUCCCCGGGGUGCCGGAGAUCGAUGAAUGGGAUUUAGCUCUGCGCGAGUGUCUGAGAGUGCUCAAACCAGGCGGGUAUCUAGACUAUGUGGUCAUGGACUCUGCAAUCGCACAUGCUGGACCUUGUGGAUCAAAACUUUCCGACGAGUUUGGAUCGGAAUUGCGUCGGCGCGGCUACGAGCGAGAAGCAGGUCGGAGCUUUCUGCGCCGUCUGAAGAAGGAAGGGUACGUUGGUGUCAAAAGGGCUUGGAUGUUUCUGCCCAUGGGUCGUCGGCCGCGGCCCCAGGAAGAUGCAGAUCAGCAUGUUCAUGGAUAUACGGGUGGUUGGCAGUCGUGGCGUCAGGGUGCUAAGCCCUUUGUGCCCACGCCCAGACCGAUCAGUGAAGUGUCGACGAUCAGCAAAAUUGUCAAGCAGUAUAUGGAUGUUGAGGCCGUUCAGGGUCCGGUGGGCUCGACGCAGGACGUGGCGGAUUUGACGGGCUUGUUGGGCGCCAGAAUGUACGAGGAGUGGUUGGUCAGAGUUAGGGCUGAGGCUGGGAUUGCUAGACAUAAGUGGUUGGACGGCGUGGAUGAGGUUAUUGAGGAAGGGAGGGAGAAGGGGUCGGGGUGGAUGGUUCUUGUGGGAUGGGCUCGGAAGCCGAAGCCGAAGGUUGAGCCGAAGGUCGAACCGAAGGUGAGACUGGAGGCGAGACAGGAGGCAAGACCAGAGGUGAAAACGGAGAUGAGACCGAAGGUGAGACCCGAGGUGAGACCCGAGGUGAACCGGGAGGCAAGACCAGAGGUGAAAUCGGGGGUGAGACUGCAGGUGAAACCGAACUCGAAACCCAAGUCGGUGAGUAAGGACAGGAACAACGACAGGGAUAUGGAUGAGCAGAAAUACAAGUUGGUCAACAGACUCGAUCGCGCCGAGAUCAGUGUAGCGUUGGGAAUGGAAACUUUUGAUGGACACGCGGAAGAGGCCAAGAUCAUGUUUUCCGAUGAUGGCGAGUACGACGAGGCCCAACAAGAGAUGGGCACGAUUCCUAUGGUCAUUCAAGGUUGAGUAUCUUUAGGUACCUAGGUAUAUAUACAUAUAUACAGAUAUACAUAUCUAUUUUAUGUGUCUCUCUAAAUGAAAUGGUGAAUUGAUUCAAG